CUGGUGUCGGUGUCCUGCGGACAGACUCUGCUCUGUAUGGGCUGUGUGGCUUUCGCGCUCCUCGCUUUCCUUCUGGUUCGCCAGCUCGUCAAGCAGAGAAGACCCCCGGGCUUUCCUCCUGGUCCGUCUCCCAUCCCUGUGAUAGGGAAUAUUCUUUCUUUGGCCACCGAGCCCCACGUCUUCCUUAAGAAGCAGAGUGAAUUUCAUGGACAGAUUUUCAGUCUUGACCUGGGAGGCAUCUUGACUGUAGUUUUAAAUGGAUACGACUGCAUCAGGGAUUGCCUGCACCAUCAUAGUGAGGUGUUUGCCGAUCGCCCAUCACUACCUUUAUUCAAGAAAAUGACCAAAAUGGGAGGGCUUCUUAAUUGUAAAUAUGGCAAAGGCUGGAUCGAACACCGUAAACUAGCUUGCAACUCUUUCCACUACUUUGGCAGUGGCCAGUGGCUGUUUCAGAGAAAGAUCUCAGAGGAGUGCCUGUUCUUUGUUGAUGCCAUUGACGAACACAAGGGAAGACCCUUCAACCCCAAACACUAUGUGACCAAUGCUGUGUCCAACAUCACCAACCUGAUUCUUUUUGGACAGCGUUUUACCUACGACGACCACAACUUCCAGCACAUGAUUGAGAUAUUCAGUGAGAACGUGGAGCUCGCAGUGAGCUCCUGGGCCUUCCUCUACAAUGCCUUCCCUUGGCUUGAAUAUGUGCCCUUUGGAAAACACCAGAAGCUGUUCCGCAAUGCUGCUGAGGUUUAUGACUUCUUAUUGCAGGUUAUAAAGCGUUUUUCACAGGGCAGAGUUCCACAUGUACCUCGUCACUAUGUUGAUGCCUAUUUGGAUGAGUUGGAGCAAAAUGCAGGAGAUCCCAGUUCCUCUUUUUCCUAUGAGAACCUCAUCUAUUCAGUGGGUGAGCUCAUUAUUGCUGGCACAGAGACCACAACUAAUACCCUGCGCUGGGCCAUGCUGUAUAUGGCCCUCUACCCCAACAUACAAGAGAGGGUGCAGAGGGAGAUCGACAUGGUACUGGUCAAUGGGAGGGCACCCACUUUGGAGGACAAACAGAAGAUGCCCUACGUGGAGGCUGUUCUCCAUGAGGUCCUCCGCUUCUGCAACAUUGUCCCACUCGGCAUUUUCCGUGCCACCUCCCAGGAUGCAAAAGUCAAAGGUUACGCAAUUCCCAAAGGCACGAUGGUGAUCACAAACCUCUAUUCAGUGCACUUUGAUGAGAAGUACUGGAGUGAUCCGGGGGUUUUCUCACCUCAGAGAUUUCUGGACAGCAGUGGCAAUUUUGUGAGGCGUGAGGCCUUCCUUCCAUUCUCCUUAGGUAGGCGCCAUUGCUUGGGUGAGCAGCUGGCCAGAAUGGAGAUGUUCCUCUUUUUCACCACUUUGUUGCAGAGGUUUCAUCUUCAGUUCCCUCCAGGAAGUGUUCCCUCUCUCACUCCCAAACUGGGCAUGACCUUACAGCCCAAACCUUACAACAUCUGUGCUGUCCGCAGGCAACAGAAAGUUCCCUGCUCUGGAGACGCUCCUAAUCACAACUAGGUCGGCAAAUUUUAUUACAGCUUAUUUAAAGCAAGAAUUGUACUAUUUUGCACAGCAAUACAACCCAACGAUACAGUUGCACAGUAUUGUACCGCUAUUGCUUGUAGCGUCCAUUUGCAAUAGUGUUUUACCAAAGGACUUUCAGUUACUGAGGUGGCUCUCUACAUAUGAGAAUUUGAUCAGGAUUUACUGUCAAACUCUCUUACUGAGCAAUAUGCAUGUUUGCACAACAUUUUUAAGUAGCAGGGGAGGUGUCAAAACUGUGCCGAAGGACAUCUGGGGAACAUGAGCGUGCAGCUGAUUUAUGAGAGGUGCUCUGUGCCCAGAGAACGAAAUGUCUAUGAACCUUGCUGUGGUAGCGAUGGGUUAGAAAUAUAUCAGUGAAUGAUAGUAAGUAUACUUAAUGAUAACCUUGUACUCUCAGGACAGCCUCGGGUUAGACAAAUGACACCACAACUUUGUGUAUGUGGGGCAAAGCUAACUAACAGACCCAUGUUCUGAACAGUGUGUGUGAACAUGGGUCAAGGUUAACGUCAUCUGGUCUGACGCUGACCCCUUCUCCAGGGAUAACGCUCUCUGGAACUCUUUUUCUUAGAAACCAAAUGUAACCCUGGUGGAUUUUUAGAAACUGACUGCAGCAUGGUUUCUGCUAA